UUAGGCACAGGGAAGCAUCCCGACUUGAAAUAAAAUUAAAAAGAAUAAAAAUUAGUGAUCAAUUCUUAUUUCUUUUUUCUUUUUUUCCCCAAGAUACCAAAAUGGCAGAGAAAGAUAAGUAUCGUCCUUUGGCAAACUUUCCCUCUACAGCAUGGGGUUGCAGCUUUGCAUCAUUUUCCUCCUCAAAUUCAGAUUUCGAAUUAUAUACUAGAGAGGUAGAAACAUUGAAAGAAAAAGUUAGACCCAUGGUAACAGCUUCUACAAAAGACCCAUUGGAGAAUGUUCAGAUUAUCAAUUUGUUAUACCGUCUUGGGGUUUCAUAUCAUUUUGAGAAUGAGAUCACUGAUCAAUUAAAUCACAUUUUCGAAAUUAUUCCUAACCACAUUAUUAGUGAUGAUAACGACUAUGACCUCUACACUGUGGCUAUUCUCUUUCAAAUUUUAAGACAAUAUGGACACAAAGUGCCUUGCGAUGUGUUUAAUAAAUUCAAGAACAGUGAUGGAAAGUUCAAGAAAAGCAUUGCCAAUGACCUGAAAGGCCUUCUUAGCUUAUACGAAGCGAGUUUUCUAAGUGUGCAUGGAGAAAAUAUUCUAGAUGAAGCCAUAGCCUUUACAAGGCCACUCCUGGAAUCCUUUGCUGAUCAAUCAAGCCCCCAUCUAGCAAAAUAUAUAAGGAAUUCUCUGCUGCGCCCUCAUCAUCAGGGCAUACAAAGAGUGGAGGCUAGGCAAUACAUAAGUUUCUAUGAAGAAGAUGAGUCUCGCAAUGAAACUCUUCUUAAGUUUGCAAAGUUGGAUUUUAAUCGGUUACAGUUAUUGCACAAGCAAGAGCUGGCCUCUCUCUCAAGGUAGUGGGAAGAUUUAAAUUUGGCUAAAGAGCUUCCUUACAUAAGAGAUAGACUCGUGGAGACCUAUCUCUGGGCAAUUGGAGCCCAUUUUGAGCCUCAGUAUGCCCUUUCUCGAGCGAUCAUCGCUAAGUAUACAACAAUAGUAUCCGCAGUAGAUGAUACAUACGAUGCAUAUGGUACACUUGAUGAACUCCAACGUUUUACAAAUGCAUUUCAAAGGUGCGACAUUGAUGCUAUUGAUGAACUACCAGAUUACAUGAAAGUUCUUUACAGGGCUUUGUUGAAUUUUUUUGAUCAAAUAGAAGAUGAAGUCGAUGAGGGAAGGUCCUACAGUACUUCUGUUGCUAAGGAAGCGUUCAAAGAACUGGUGAGAUCCUACUAUGUUGAGGCACAAUGGUUUAGUGAUGGCUAUGUACCAUCAUUUGAUGAAUAUAUGCGCAAUGGAUUGAUCACAAGCACUUAUACCGUACUUCCAGCAGCAUCCUUUAUUGGAAUGGAAAAUACUGUAGGAGAGAAGGAAUAUAAGUGGGUACAAAGCAAUCCAAAAAUCGUCAAAGCUGCUAAGAUAAUUUGCCGUCUGAUGGAUGAUAUAACCACCCAUGAGGAUGAGCAAAAGAGGGGACAUUGUGCUUCAAGUAUAGAAUGCUACAUGAAAGAAUAUGGUGUGUCCGAAAAGAAAGCCAUAGAAGAGAUUCAAAAAAUAUGUGCAAAUGCAUGGAAAGACAUGAACGAGGAGUGCAUGAAGAAGCCACCUACUGUUUCGAGGACUCUUCUCAAGUAUUAUGUCAAUCUUGCGCGGGUAAUAGAUUUUGUAUACAAGAACCUCGAUUCGUACACAUAUGCAUCUAGUUUAAAGGGCGACAUUACUACAGUGUUCCUGGAGCUGCUACCCGUUUAAGAUUCUAUGCAUUCUUGUGUAGUGGUUAUAAAUUAUGUAAUUCUCUGUUGUUAACGUGCUUUGUGUACUGGUUUCUUUUUUUUUUUUUUUUUGCAUAAUUCCAUGUAGUUUCAGCAAGGAUGUAUUAAUUGUGCACUAUAUUUGAAUAAGCAGAUUUCUUAUGCAGGAAUUCCAAGUUCGAGUGUAAAAAAUGUAAAGUCUUGGCUGUUAUAAGAUUUAAAGAACAAACUAAAUUUUCAGGUGCGACUUCGAUGCUAUUGAUGAACUACCAGAAUACAUGAGAGUUAUUUACAGGAUUUUAUCAUUAAUUAUAUUAAUACUCACUUAACUUUGUACUAAAUUUCAGUUUAAUUAUAUAAUUUUUUUAUUUUUAUUACAAUAAUUUAAUUUUAAAUUAAAUAGCAUA